GGCUCGACUGAGGCUCCCUUGUUGCUCGCGCUUUUCUCUCCUUCUCCAAGAUGGCGGCCGUCGGCGGCGCUGAGGCGGGAUCCGAGCGAGCCGAGUGAAGACCUGGUCCUGUAGACGGGAAGGAGCCUGGACACAGUGACACAACACACUCUCAAAGGCCCUGCAGGACCACCAUGGCUUAUGAUGACUCCAUGAAGAAAGAAGAUUGCUUUGAUGGUGAUCACAGCUUUGAGGACAUAGGACUUGCAGCUGGCCGAAGCCAACGAGAAAAGAAGCGGUCUUACAAAGAUUUCUUAAGGGAAGAGGAAGAAGUUGCUGCGCAGGUCAGGAGUUCUUCCAAGAAGAAGUCAAAGGACAGUGAUUUGUUCUUCUUGGGGACGGACACACACAAGAAGAAGAGGAAGCACUCCCCUGAUGAUUACUACUAUGGAGGACAGUGGUUCUUGUUCUGAGUGCCGAUAAACCAGUGUGAAGGAGGAGAGAGGUGGAGGGCUGGUAUUUUGGAGGAUUCAGCAUAGAAGAACAGUCUUCAUUUGUGAUACACAAGACAUUUCGACUUUGGAAUCAUCACAGAAGAAAAAGAAGAAAUCUAGCCCACAGUCUCCGGACACAGCAAUGGACCUGUUGAAAGCUAUCACCUCCCCACUGGCAGCAGGUGCCAAGUCCUCUAAGAAGGCAGGGGAGAAAUCCUCCAGUUCUUCAAGCCAUUCAGAGAGCAGAAAGGAACACCACAAGAAGAAGGGCAAUGGCAGCAGUGGAGAGCUCUCCCUGGAUGACAGCAAUGCCCACAAAUCCAAAAAAAUGAAGCCACUCUAUGUGAACACAGAGACACUGACUCUUCGUGAGCCGGAUGGCUUAAAGAUGAAACUUAUUCUCUCACCAAAGGAGAAGGGAAGCAGCUCAGUGGAAGAGGAGGCUUUUCAGUACCCUGCCCAACAAGCUUCACUGAAGAAGCCCUCGAAGAAACUAGCUCGGGACGAGCAAGGUGCUUUACUCCUAGGACAUGAGCUACAGAGCCUCCUGAAAACAGCCCGGAAGAAGCACAAGUCAUCCUCAGACUCGCACUCCUCUCCUGGCCCAGAAGGCUGUGGGUCUGAUGUCUCCCAGCUUCCAGAACCCCACAGUGCCAAUCUCGAUAUCACAGGGCUUGACCCAAUUCUAGUAGAGUCCGAAUCGUCCUCAGCUGGGGAGCUGGAGGCCGGGGAGCUGGUGAUAGAUGACUCUUACAGGGAGAUCAAGAAGAAGAAGAAGUCAAAAAAGAGCAAAAAGAAGAAGGACAAAGAUAGACACAAGGAGAAGCGGCACUCCCGGACCAAGAGAAGCUCUGCCCGAGAGCAUGGCACUGCUCUGGGGCACGGGCUGAUAGCCGGCCCUGCCUCCAGUAUCCCCACCCUGCCACUUCCUGCUCUACACACAGACGGGCAUGGGGAGAAGAAAAAGAAAAGGGAAGAGAAGGACAGAGAGAGAGAGAGGGGAGAAAAGCCGAAAAAGAAGAACAUGUCUGCCUACCAGGUCUUCUGUAAGGAGUACCGGGUAACCAUUGUGGCUGACCAUCCAGGUAUAGAUUUUGGGGAACUUAGUAAAAAAUUGGCUGAAGUAUGGAAGCAGUUGCCAGAAAAAGACAAACUGAUCUGGAAGCAAAAGGCUCAGUAUCUGCAGCACAAACAGAACAAAGCUGAAGCCACAACUGUGAAGAGAAAAGCAUCCAGUGCAGAAGGUUCCAUGAAAGUCAGAGCCUCUUCUGUAGGAAUACUGUCACCCCAAAAGAAGUCCCCACCCACCACAAUGCUUUUGCCAGCUUCACCAGCCAAAGCUCCUGAAACAGAGCCCAUUGAUGUCGCUGCUCAUCUCCAGUUGCUGGGAGAGUCCCUCAGCCUCAUUGGACACCGCCUACAGGAGACAGAGGGCAUGGUAGCAGUGUCUGGAAGUUUGUCAGUGCUCCUAGAUUCCAUUAUCUGUGCUCUUGGCCCUCUGGCAUGCCUGACCACACAACUACCUGAACUGAAUGGCUGUCCUAAACAGGUCUUGUCAAACACGCUGGACAACAUUGCAUACAUUAUGCCUGGACUGUGACUUCCAAGAAGCCUGGGACAGAAGACUGUCUACCCCUUCGCUAGUUUAUGUAUAGAUGACUGUUCCAGACCCUCCACUGACCUCUGGGUGUAGGUUUUAAAUUUUUAUAAUCUAUAUAUACGUAUAUAAUGUACAGUAUAUACAUAGGAUUAUAACUACUUUGCUUUUAAUAAUUUUAUGAAAUGGCAAAGGUUUAGCUAAAAGGAAACUUUGGCAUGAAUGUGGGCUUGGAAUUAUUUUUUGUGUG